AUGUCGAAGCAAUACCUUUCCUACGGCUCUGCAGACAAUACUCAUCCCACUGAUAUCUUUGCGCUAGCCGUUACCGAGAAGCAGAUUUUGUCGGCAUCAGGGUCCAAUGCUCUUCAGGUUCACUCAACGACCGAUCCUGAUUUUCCCCUAGUCCAGACACUUGAAGCCCACAAUGUCGGGUGCCAUCAUGUGGUGACCGAUGCCAGAGGAUUAAGGGCAGUCAGUGUUGGAUUCGGUGGUGAGGUAGUGAUCUGGGAAUCUCAUGAUGGAAGAUGGUCCAAGGCAAAAGAUGUCGCCCUUGCGGAUCUCUGGGCUGUUGCCCUGUCUGCCGAUGGCCAGUAUCUAGCCGGUACCACCCAGAAUGGCCAUCUCAAGGUCUGGGACUUGAAUGCCAAUGAAGAAGAGAUACGAGAUCAUGAAACGAAAGGCAGUUUUGGAACCUGCAUAGACCUGGUGAGCAACCCCUGUCUAUCCUCUGUAUCAUCAGGUUCUUAUGCGGAUACUAUAGUCACCGGACGGACGUUUUAUCGCCAGCGGUCAUGA